UCGAGGAACAGCGGGCAGCAAGGAGACGCGGACGGAGCCCGGCGACUGGGCCGCAUGGCCAGGCUGCUCAGCAUUGUCUCCAUUAUCCUGGGGACCGUCAUCAUCGUGCUCUACGUUUCCCUCAGCAUCAGAGUUUCCUAGAAGACGUUUUAGCAUGCAAAUACCUUGAAGAGGAGGAAGACAACUUUCCUUUUGGGGUUUUUACUUUCAGCCUUGCAACAAAAAAUUGUCACAGUGUAGGUGGGCGGCCCUGGACAGCCCGCUCUGGCGCGCCGUCUGAGGGAACGCAUGCUUCUACUUCACCGCCUCUUGGAAAUGAGUUUCUACAAGUGAUGGGAUGAAAAAACGUCGCGAGAAGGAAUGGGAAUGAACACCGGACGCCGAGUGGAGAGGAGAAGGGGGAAAUCCACUACCUCAUUCCCCUCCAGCAAAACUCACGGAGUGGGGAGACAACUAAAAUGCAAGAGGAGGAGAGAGUUUCAAGAAUGAAGCUUAUUUUAAAAGAAACAUUUAAGGCAAGAACAGGACAUUUGAGGAAUCCUCCUAAGAAUUUUGGCACAAGUCACUGAAUUUUUGGGGGGUUGUUGGUUUUUAAAUCGUCAAAUUCUCUGUCUCUACAAAAAAAAAAAACCCCACAAAGCUCAAACUGCCAUCGGGAGCUGAGAGCUGUUCCACGGAGGAGGAGGGAGAGCAGAGCUGCAGCAGGACCACGGCUCUGCUCCAAACGAAACGCAGCCGCAAAAGCUGGAGGAUGUGGUGGGUGCUUUUGUAUUUUUGAUGAAAAAAAAAA